CUUCGCGCUCGACGGUCUCGCAUACGGUAAACGUGGUGUGAGCGGAAACAUUGUGGAAGCAUCAUGCUCAAGACGGUCGCUUUCCUCUGUGCCGCGCUGGCGUGUAGCCACGCGGUGGUUCUCAGCGGUUACAACGGCGGCCAUGGCCUGUCCUACGGUGAUUACAGCGAUCUCGAUGCAUACAUUGGAUCCGCCGGAUACAAAGUUCUGCCGACGGUCGCGGUUCCGAUACACGCGGUAUCCGCUGCGCCGUUACACGUGGACGCAUCUCUGGAUGCAUCUCUGAACGCUCAUGAACUACACGACUACAAACAUCACACCGAUCAAGAUCACGAUUAUUACUCACACCCGAAGUACACCUUCAAUUACGGCGUUCAUGAUCCUCAUACCGGUGACGUGAAAACCCAGCAUGAGGUGCGGGACGGCGAUGUUGUUCACGGCUCGUACAGCGUGAACGAACCCGACGGAAGUGUACGCAUCGUCGAAUAUACCGCGGACGAUCACAACGGAUUCAAUGCCGUCGUCAAGAAAGUCGGACCGGCGAUACAUCCAAAACCGGUGCCGAUUGUCAAGUACGUCUCACCGGCGCACUUUAACAGCUAUGACUACGAGAAGCAUUAUUAGCUCAGCCAUCGCAUCGUGUAAAUAGCAACGAAUCGGGCGUUUCGCUAAGAAGCAUUAGUCGCGCGGCAAUCAGUCUGCUAGUCAAUGUGACAGCGAAAUAUGUUUACAAGUUCAAACCUCCAGGUGGAUUCAAUUGAUCAUUGGCCGUCAGCAAUAAACAGAAAAACUGAGGUCACUUUUACGUACAAAGAGUUUUCAUGUAAAACUCUAAAAUUAGAUUAUAGGAGGGUUUAGGAUUAUACAUGUUUAAUAUACUGCGAUAAAUAUAUAAGUUUAUUGAAAUUACCGAGGAAUAUUGAUUCAUUUCCUGACACAAAAAAAUGUCUGAUAUUAUUUUUAUUACAGAUACUCCAGACCAAAAGUUUGAAAGUACUUUUU